AUGCUCGGAGUAGACAUAUCUUUUGCUGCAUUUUCAAUAAUAGAGGGCAUGGCAGCAGCAAAAUUUUAUCUUAAGAGGCCUGCUUAUGCUGCAGCAGCAAUUGCAUUUGCUGCUGCUGCACCGCCACUGCAUGCAGCCUCUACUGCUCACGACAAACACCAGCAGCAGCAGCAGCAGCAGCAGCAGCAGCAGCAGCACUGGCCCCUGGCGGAGUUGUCUCUAUUGACAGUUAAUUUAUUUAAAAAAGAUUUAUGCAGCAGCCAAAUGUAUGAAACCGGUUUGGCGUUGCAGACUUUGUGCUGCGUGUCUCUAUCGAAAGAGAUGGUAGGGUCUCUGCUUCCUGAUGUGCUGCUGCUGCUGAGUUCUUCUCGCCCUUACAUUAGAAAGAAGGCAGCACUUUGCUGCAGCUGCUUCUUGCUGCAGCUGCUGCGAGAGCAGCAGCAAGCGCAGCAGCGGAAGCUGCAGCAGCGGCUGCGUCUGAACUCUUCUGCUGCUGCAGACCCAGCAGCAGCAGCAGCAGCAGCAGCAGCAGAAGCAGCAGAAGAGGAUGAUUCGGUGCUGCAGCACGUCGUGCAGCGCAUACAGCAGCAAAUAAUGCAGGAGGAGGACAUUGGUGUGCUUUGCUGCUUAGCUACCUCUCUGCUGCAAGCAGCAGCAGCAGCACCUCAGCUGUUCUUACCUCUCGUGCCCCCCUUAUUUCAUUUGCUCUGCAGCAGCAGCAGCAACUGGCUGACGAUCAAGCUGCUGCAGCUGCUGCUGCUGCUGUCUGCAGCAGAACCCCGGCUUCCUCUUAAGCUGCUGAAGCCUCUAAUUAAAUUGCUGCAGCAAACAAAAGCUCAUAGUGUUAGGAUUGAAGCUUUACGUAUAUCUUUGCUGUUCGCUCCCAUAGAGACUGCAGCAGAAGCUGCUGCUGCUGCUGCUGCUGCUGCUGCUACUGACGUCGCCGCAGCAGAACGCGCAGCAGCAGCAGUCAUGACGCAAGACACAGCAGCAGCAGCAGCAGCAACAGGAGACGCAGCAACCGCCUCUCCUACCUCCAGCAGCAGCAGCAGCAACAGCAGCAGCAGCAGCAAUGUGGCGCCGGAGAUGCAGCUGCUGCAGCUUACAUGCAAACAGCUGCAAUCCCUUCUUUCUUCGCCUGAUCUUAAUAUUUGUUUUCUUGCUCUCAGCUUGCUGCAGCAAACCUUCACCAAAAGGAGACAUCUCGUACAGCCCCUGCUGCAGCUGCUGCCGGGCCUGCAGCAGCAAAUGCUACAGCUACAGCAGCAAUACCACCACAAGCAGCAGCAGCAGCAACAGCAACAGCAGCAGCAGCAGCAGCAGUUUGUGAGCGACUACGAGUUGAUAGAGGACUUUGAGUGGUAUGUGGCUGUAUUGAUAGACAUCGCAUGCAACUGCUGCAGGAGCAGGAGCAGCAGCAGCGGCAGCAGCAGCAGCAGCAGCAACAGCAGCGGGGAUGCUGCAGUUGCUGCUGCAGUUGCGCAGCAGCUGCAAGAUAUUUGCGUUCGGGUGCCUGAGGUGAGGCCCUGCAGCACGCAUCUGUGCAUGCUGCUGCUGGAGGCAGCAGCAGCAGCAACCAAGUCUAAGCUGCCAGGCAGCAACAGCAGCAGCAGCAGCAGCAGCAACAGCCUAGAGGUUCUGCGGGCGCUGCGGCAGCAGCAGCGCGAGAGCCACAUCAGCAGCAGCAAUUUUGACGAAGGCACGGGGGCCCUCCACAACAACCCCAGCAGCAGCAGCAGCAGCAGCAGCAGCAGCGGUGCUGCAGCAACUGAGGUGUACAUACACCCGGAUGUCAUUCGCGCAGCCGGCUGGAUUAUAGGGGAGUAUCAUCGGCAGCUGUUUAGUGGCGCUGCUUCUGCUGCUGUCGGGAUCAGCUUCAUUGAAGAAGCAGCAAGCUGUCUCGCUCAUCUAGCAGGGGACCCUUCCUUGAGGCCGCACGUACAGCGGGUGCUGCUGUGGGCAGCAGCAAAAGUUUUCUUAACUCUCACUGCAGUCGCACAAGGCAAGCUACUGCUGCAGCAGCAGCACGAGCAGCAGGAGCAGCAGCAGCAGGAGCUGCUGGGGCCAGCGGCUGAGAGAGAAGCAGCAGCAGCAGCAGUGCAGCGCCUGCAUCACAAAGUGAAGGCAGCAGCAGAAGCAGCUCGCAGCAGCACCGACGCGGAGCUGCAGCCACCUCCAGAGCUGGACCUAGGGAAGCCUUUCUUAGAUGCUGCUGUGCUGCAGCAGCAACUUGACGCGAGAUUCAAGCGCCAGCAGCAGCAGCAGCAACAGCAGCAGCAGCAGCACGGGGCAGCAGGGGGCCCGAUAGACAUGCACCACGACAGCGGAGGCUGCUCUCCUUUGCUGCAGCAGCAGCAGCAGCAGCAGCAGCAAGCCCCAUGGGCCUCCACUGGGAAGAAGAAAUUUAACGUCAUUAGAAAAGCGAUCGCCCCAGACUCAGCGGCGCAGCAGCCUGGAGCAGCAGCAGCAGCAGCAGCAACAGCAACAGCAGCAGCAGCAGCAGCAGCAGCAAGACGGGUGCCGCAGCCAGCAGCAGCAGCUCCUACUGAUACGGAAGCCAACGCCCAAAGCAUGCAGCAGCAGCAGAUGCAGCAGCAGCACAUACAGCAGCAGCGCAUGCAGCAGCAGCAUAUACAGCAGCAACAGAUGCAAGAGGAGCAGCAGCAGCAGAUGCAGCAGAUGCAGCAGCUGCAGAACCUGUGGCAUUGCUGCAGCGAUGAUUCUGUGCUGCGGCUGUUUUGCUGCUGCCGUUGGUCUCUGCAAGCAGUUGGUGGAGACAGGGGUAUUUUGUCUGUCUCUCUUUGCUGCUGCCAAGCUAGCAGCAGCAGCAGCAGCAGCAGCAGUUCGGGCGUUCCUUCUGUGGGCCGUGUCGUACUGUCUCUAAAGGGUGCAGCAGCAGCAGCAGCAGCAGCAAAUGCUGAUGAUGCUGCUGCUGCUGCUUCCUUUUGCUUAGAGGAUGUCUCCUUCCUCCUCUGCGAGGCGCUGCAGCAGUCUUCUGCUGCAGCAGAUUUGAAUGUCCCUGUCUCCCUCAGCAGUUUGCUGCAGGCUGCGCAUCAGAGUGCAGCAGGGCUUUCACUCAGAUGUCUCCUUUCCUACUCUGUUGCUGCUGCUGAUUCUGCUCUUGCUGCUGUCUCAACCCCGUUCGACUCCCAGCAGCAGCAGCAGCAGCAGCAGCAGCAGCGGGAAGUGGAGGUUGUGCUGCCUGUCCCCUUCGCAGUUUUGCUGCAGCCCGUUCUGCAUUCUUCAGAGUCUCUGACUCAGUAUAUGGCGACGGAAGGACUCAAUCUUCGCUGCAAGGGCCUCUCCUCUGUCUCUGUUUCUCUCGCCAGCACUGCAGCAGCUGCUGCUGCUCCUGCUGCUGCUGCUGCUGCUGUGGGGCCCGCAGCAGCAAAGCGCUUUUUGCCUCUUCUAGCAGCAGCAGCAAACAUGCACCUUGUUGAGUUGCAGGAGAUCAAUACAGCAGCAGCAGCAGCAGCAACAACAGAAGCAGCAGCAGCAGCAGAAUGGACAGUCAAGGCCCUCUUAUGCGCUGCAGUCAGGAGCGACCUCCAGCAGCAGCAGCAGCAGCAGCAGCAGCAGGUGUAUGUAGCACUUGUAACGGCUACUGCUUCUCGAGAAGAAAAGGAGACAUUUAAUUUUACUGUUGCAGUAAAGGGACAGACUGAGGAGACAGUUGCUGUUGCCCAAUCAAUAAAACAGCUUAUUGCUGUGCUUGCUGCUGCUGCUCCUGCUGCAGCUCCUGCUGCUGCAGCCCCUGUUGCUGCUGCUCCUGCAGCUGCAGCAGGACUUCUUUAG